CUGAUGUUUUUGCUCUAUCCAGUUCUGUGCUGCCACAUAACAUUCUGAACGCUGCUUGUACGUCCCAAGCUCCUUCCCCUGUUCUCUCUGCUCUUCCUAACACCCUGUGGGCGGAUCAUAAGGACGAUGUGGGCUCUGUGAGCUGCUCUCCGUAUGAAGCUGUUAUUAAACACUUUACACCUGUUUAUGUUAAACAAUACCCUCUGUCUCCUAGUAAGCUUGAUGGUAUUGACAAUAUUCUACAAUCUCUUUUGCAGCAAGGUGUCGUGGUUCCUUGUGUCAGCCCGUAUAACACCCCAGUGAACCCGGUCCCAAAACCGGAUGGCACAUGGCGCCUCACUCAAGAUCUACGUAAAAUAAAUGAACUCAUCGUUCCCGUGGCUCCAGUGGUCCCUGACGUUCCUUCUCUUAUGUCUUCUAUUCCGUGUGACCAUGCUUAUUUCUCUGUGAUUGAUUUGUGCUCUGCCUUUUACAGUGUUCCUGUGGGCCAUGAGACUCAGCCCCUGUUUGCUUUCACACACAGGGGAAGACAAUACACGUGGACGCGGUUGCCACAGGGUUUCAUUGACUCACCGGCGGUCUUCACUGCCGUAUUGCGGGACGCGCUGGCUGAUCUCUGUCUUCCCCGGGGCUCCACGGUGCUCCAGUACGCGGAUGAUCUUCUGGUAACGGCGGAGGAUCAAGACGCUUGUGCUGCCGCCACAUUGUCUCUCCUCACACUCCUGGCGCAGAAGGGUUUCAAGGUCUCCCGCACGAAGUUGCAGUUUUGCCUCACAACUGUUCGCUACUUGGGACAUGACCUCUCCCAGGGUUCCAGGAGGCUUAGCCCGGAACGCGUUCAAGUCAUUAUGGACACUCAGGCUGCGGAGCUCUAUGCUUUGACUCGCGCGUGUAUUUUGGCUCAAGACACAGACGUUACUAUUUACACGGACUCACGCUACGCUUUCGGCGUGGCGCACGACUUCGGCCGCAUUUGGGCGUCUCGGGGGUUUACGACAGCCGACGGUAAGCCCAUUUCUCAUUCUUCACUUGUUACUGAUUUAAUCACCGCCUGUCUCCUUCCGUGCACGUUGGCCAUUGUUAAGACACGCGCGCACACAAGAGGGGACUCAUUUGAAGUAAAGGGCAAUUCAUUCGCUGAUCGAGUCGCUAAAGCUGCAGCCGCAUCCGGUGUCCUGCCUCCAGGCUUUAAUUGCGCUUUAGUUUCUACUGAUCGCAUGGUUAGCGCUGUCUUACCUGACAUAGAUCUCAUUUCUAUCCAGGCCUCGGCCUCUGUGGCAGAUACGCAGUUCUGGGACGCCCAGGGCGCGACAGAGAAGAGUGGCGUUUUGCUUGACGCACAGGGCCGUCUUUGUUUACCUCGUCACUGUACUCCCUUUCUCGUCCGCGAGUUCCAUGGUCCCACUCAUCGCGGCCGAAGAGGGGUAGUGGAGGAUAUGAACAGAACAUUCUGCAUCAAUAAUUUGCACACAGACGCACACAACAUUCUGGACAAGUGUUUAACGUGCGCCCAGAAUAAUCUAUCUAAACCAGGCGCGGUACAUCAGCACCUUCCCAUACCCGACACGCCUUUCCAAGAAUGGCAGAUCGACUUCACUCACAUGCCAAAGCAGGGCCCGUUCAAAUACCUUUUGGUCAUGAUUGACAAAUUUUCACGGUGGAUUGAGGCUUUCCCGUGUAGCAAAGAGAACGCCCGAACAGCAGUGAACAAACUUACACAGGAAAUUAUCCCACGUUACGGUCUUCCGGUAGGAAUUGACUCUGAUAAGGGAACGCCGUUCACCUCUAAGGUAACGCAGGAGCUAUGUAAAGACCUCAAGAUCAAUUGGCGUUUUCAUAUCCCAUACCAUCCACAGUCCUCUGGCAUUGUGGAGCGCGCGAAUAGAACAAUUAAGGGUAAGUUGCGUAAGGCUAUGCAAGACGCAGGCACGAAAAAUUGGGUCCAAGUUUUACCGUUGGUCCUCGCUGAUAUGCGCAUGACUGCUCAGGUCGCUCUCGACAAUUUAUCUCCGUACGAGCUCGUCAUGGGACGCCCCUUUCCUGUCCCUUGGCGUAGAGGCAUGCAGGUUAUAGGAACGGGUGAUCUUGAAGUACAUCUCAGCGAGUACGCGGUGGGUCUCAUGCGGGUGCUGGAUGAGUAUUGGGCGAGAGUAAAUUCCAAAAAGCCUCCCAUUCCAGAGGCACACACUCACCCCUUUGAGGUAGGGGACAGAGUUUUAGUAAAGAGAUUCGCUAAACUAAACGCUCCCAUGGAGGAGUCACCCUACAGUGGGCCCACCGAUGUACUCGCUGUAACUCGCACGGCUGUGCUAACGGACCUUUUUCCACAGUGGAUCCAUGCCAGCAGAAUAAAGAAGGCUCCAAUGUAAUAGAAAUCUAUAUUGUUGAUGCUUAACAGACUUUUGUG